CGAAAAGCUUGUUUUAUUCGCGUUCCGAAAUGGAUUUCUAUUACUCACCGGUUGGCAGUGGGUGUCGCACGGUUAUUAUGGUGGCCAAGGCCCUUGGAGUAGAACUGAAUAAGAAACCAAUAAGCCUCUCACAGCAAGAACACCUAAAGCCGGAGUUCCUUAAGAUCAAUCCCCAGCACACCAUUCCCACUUUGGUGGACAAUGGAUUCGUCCUCUGGGAGUCGCGUGCCAUUGCCAUUUACCUGGUGGAGAAAUACGGCAAGGACGAUUCCCUCUACCCCAAGGAUCCCAAACAGCAGGCUGUGAUCAAUCAGCGACUGUAUUUCGAUUUAGGAACCCUAUACGAUACCUUCGCCAAGUAUUACUAUCCCAUAUUCCGCGAUGGACAGCCAGCCAACGCCGAUAACUUCAAGAAGAUCGAGACGGCCUUUGGGUUCCUAAACACCUUCCUGGAGGGUCAGGACUACGUCGCAGGAGAUCAUCUCACUGUGGCUGACAUUGCCAUCCUGUCCAGUGUCUCCACCUUUGACAUUGUAGACUUCGAUAUCAGCAAGUAUCCAAAUGUGGCCAGAUGGUAUGAUAAUGCCAAGAAGAUAACUCCUGGCUGGGACGAGAAUUGGGAUGGCCUUCGGCAAAUGGUCGAGAAGAUCGCAGCCGUAAAGGACAAGACAAAGUGA